AGAAAAAAAGAAAAAGCUGAAUUUUUCCAGUAAAUGCUCACUUUUUCUGAUUAAACUGUUUUCUACUCCCAAAUCAGUAUUCCUCAGUAACUUAUGAAGCUCCUGGAAUGUGGCUAGUAGGAAAAGCCCACAUGAGUUGGGGGGCAUCUCUUGUUUUCAUUGGCAAGUCUCCCUAAUGAUCAGGUUACACUUUGAGCUCUCUGCAUGGAAAAUGACGAGAAACUCUUUAAAUGAAAGCUUAGGUCUCCAGCCAUCCUUGGCUGGAGUGUAUUAAGCUCAAUGGAGCAUAUAUUCCAUAGUGUAGUUGCAAAAUAAAAGAUAUAUUACAUAACUAUAUUUUGAUCCUUGGUACUAGAUCUCUGCUGGGAGAGUCAGUGAACAAAAUUUUAUUUCUCCUUGACCUUCUGUGUUUGUUACAAGAUGGUAAAAAAGUUAGAAGAUUUUUUGAACUCUCAUAAACCUCUCUUUUUGGGGUACUGCAAGUCAGGAAUUCAUUAUCCAGGUAACAUCAAGUUUUGCAAACAGCUUCAUUUCAGACAGACAUAGCCCACCAAUAUGAGUUCAAUAUCACACGGGGGCGGGGGAGGGAUAGAGGUAGAGUGGGUCUUUGCUUUGAGAUGAGAGGUGAGCACAAAAAUAAAUUUUAUAAUGUAAUUCUGCAGUAAUUUUAAUUAUGGAUAACUUCCAUAGGUUCAGUGCUAAUCAGGGGUGCUGGAACAAUUUGUAUGUUGGGGGUGCUGAGAGCCACUGAACCAAACUGUAAACCCUAUAUAUAAUGAAAACCAUUUCAAGACAGGGGGUGCGGCAGCACCCCCAUAACACCUAGUUCCAGCACCUAUGGUGCUCAUUAUGGGGUAAUCUGAUGACAAACUGAGGGGAUGAGACAAUAUUCAGCACAGCCAUCUCUUGACCUCUAAAGAGGACCUGUGGUUUUGUAACACUGGUAAACAGUGAUAUGCUAAACAUAUUUCAAAAUGAACUUCUAGAAAAAUCCAGGCAUCCCUUUAAAUAUGUAAUAAAUCACAUACCAUGGGUAUGCAUGCUUGCAUAGAGAAGUAGAGGAUUAGAAAAUAUGUUUUCCCACUUAAAAAAGAGCCCCAGCAAUACCUGAAGAUGAGCUCAUGUUACAGGCACUUGCUAGAUGUAAUCACACUUUGUGUAAUAUACCAAUAUACUUCUUAAGAGAAAAACAAAACAAACACAAGUUGAAACCGGACUUAGAGACUUGGUGGAGCUCCUGAAGCAUCCCUCUAUGCAUAUUUCUAGAUCCGGGGUGGGAAAACUACUGGAUCUGGCCCACAGGAUUGCCGGAGGGGUGGGGGGGCAGAGGGCUCUGCAUGCUGCCCUCACCUGCAGGCACCACCCUCUGCAGCUCCCAUUGGCUGGGAACGGGGAACCGCGGCCAAUGGGGGCUUCGGGGGAGGUACCCACAGAUGAGGGCAGCGCAUGGAGCCCUCUGCUCCCUUCCCUCAGGGGCCACAGAGACAUAGUGCCGGCCGCUUCCGGGAGCAUCCCGGGGCCAGGGCAGGCAGGUAGGGAGCCUGCCCUGGCCCCGGUGCGCGCUGCUGCCGCCCUGGAGCUGCUCCAGGUAAGUGGUGCUGGGUCGGAGUCCACACCCUGAAUGCCUCCUGCACCCCAACUCCCUGCCGCAUUCCACAUCCCUCCUGCACCCCAACACCCUGCCCUGAGCCCCCGCCACAUCCUGCACCCCAACAUCCUGCUGAGCCCCCUCCCACACCCGAACACCCUUCCCUGAGCUCCUCGUAAACCCCCGCCCCCUCCCACACCCCACACUCACUCCCGCACCUGAACCCUACAUUCAUGACCCUGCAUGCAAUUUCCCCACCCAGAUGUGGCCCUCAGGCCAAGAAGUUUGCCCACCCCCUGCUCUAGAUUGACAUAGCUUAGCAAGUGGUUUUGAACCACCAGGGUAUUUGUCAAAAAGGAGGUUCCUCUGAAACUAGGGCCUGGUCUACACUACGACUUUAAUUCGGAUUUAUCAGCUUUAAUUCGAAUUUACCCUGUAACCGUCCACACAACGACGCUAUUUAUUUCGAUGUAAAGGGCCCUUUAAAUCGAUUUCUGUACUCCACCCCGACGAGCGGAGUAGCGCCAAAAUCGAUUUUAACAUUUCGAAUUAGGGAUAGUGUGGCCGCAAUUCGAUGGUAUUGGCCUCCAGGAGCUAUCCCACAGUGCAUCAUUGUGACCGCUCUGGACAGCAAUCUAAACUUGGAUGCACUGGCCAGGUAGACAGGAAAAGCCCCGCGAACAUUUGAAUUUCAUUUCCUGUUUGCCCAGCGUGGAGAGCACAGGUGACCACAGAUAGCUCAUCAGCACAGGUAACCAUGCAGGCUGAUAAUUGAAAAAGAGCACCAGCAUGGACCGUGAGGGAGGUACUGGAUCUGAUCGCUGUAUGGGGAGAGGAUUCAGUGCUUGCAGAACUUCGUUCUAAAAGACGAAAUGCCAAAACUUUUGAAAAAAUCUCCAAGGGCAUGAUGGAGAGAGGCCACAAUAGGGACUCUGAGCAGUGCCGCGUGAAAGUCAAGGAGCUCAGACAAGCGUAUCAAAAAACUAAGGAGGCAAACGGUCGCUCCGGGUCAGAGCCGCGGACAUGCCGCUUCUACGCCGAGCUGCAUGCAAUUCUAGGGGGGGCUGCCACCACUACCCCACCUGUGAUCGUGGAUUCUGGGUCGGGGAUAGUCUCAUCAGCGACGCCUGAGGAUUCUGCCGAUGGGGGAGAGGAGGAGGAGGAGGAUGAGGAUGAGCUUGCAGAGAGCACACAGCACUCCGUUCUCCCCAACAGCCAGGAUCUUUUUCUCACCCUGACUGAAGUACCCUCCCAAGCCAGUACCCAAGACUCUGACCCCAUGGAAGGGACCUCAGCAGCUGCAAAUUCCUCAAGCCUCCCUCCUCCAUCCCGAAGGUUAUCACAGAUAAGGCGUCGUAAGAAGAGAAUGCGAGACGAGAUGUUUUCUGAAAUUAUGGAAUCCAGCCGCAGUGACAGAGCUCAUCUGAAUGAGUGGAAGGAAACAGUUUCAAAGUAUAGGAAAGAAGCCAGUGAACGUGAGGACAGGAGGGACCAACGUGAGGACAGGAGGGACCAACGUGAGGACAGGAGGGACGCUCGAGAUGAGAGGUGGCGGCAGGAAGACCAGAGGAGGCAGGAUGCAACGCUGGGGCUGCUGCGUGAGCAAACAGACAUGCUCCGGCGUCUGGUGGAGCUUCAGGAACGGCUGCUGGAAAACAGACUGCCGCUUCAGCUCCUGUUCCCCCGUCCCCCCUCCCCAUGUUCCGUAUCCUCCUCACCCAGACGUGUAAGAACACGGGGGGGGGGAGGCUCCGUACACCUUCCCAUUCCACCCCAGUAGACAGCCCAAGCAAAAGGCUGUCAUUUUUUUAACCUUUUCUUUGUGGCUUUUUCCUUCCCAGCAAUCCUCCUCCCAAA